AUGGCUUCAGCAUCAACAAGAUUUGAUCUAGACAAAUUUGAUGGAACUAGGGACUUCAGCUUGUGGAAAGAAAAGAUGAUGGUCAUCCUUAUUUUCCAAAGGAUUUACUCGACUUUGGAAGUAGAGAAACAAUCAGAGAAGUCAGAGAAACAAGAGAAAAAGAAAGAUGCAGAGUUGAUUAUGAAGCAAGUUAGGACUGCUAUUGUGAUGAACCUAUCAAAUAAUGUACUAAGACAAGUCAUUGGGGAAAAGACAGCAGCUGGUCUAUGGAAGAAGUUGGAGGAUCUAAACAUGAAAAUAUCUACAUCAACAGAAAUCUUCUUGAAGGGGAAAAUGUAUGGUUUCAAGAUGAAUGCAACUUUUUCCCUUGAGCAAAAUUUCGAUGAAGUGAACAAAAUAGUUCUAGCCCUUUCAAAUAUGGGAGAAGAUAUUAAAAAGGCAGAUCAAGCUGUGAUACUCAUGAACAACUUACCCGAUCAAUUCAAAGAAAUGAUGAUUGUAAUCAUGUAUAGUCGUGAUACACUUACCUUGGAGGUUGUGAUGAGUUCUUUAAGAUCAAGAGAUGCAUAA